AUGUCGAUACGACCUGUGAACAUCGAUGAAUUUACAGAAACUUCUUUUGAAGACCUUGAAGCCACUGUCAGUCCUGUAAAUUGGCCUGGGUCCAACAGACAACAGCAGUUAUCAUCGACAUCGUCACCUUUGAAGAACACUGGAGGACCCCUGUCAACAGCCAGCUCUGAAAGUACCACCUUUUCAAACAAUAAUAAGCGUUAUUCUACUCAUACAGAAAGUGACGAGGAUGGAAGUGCAUUUUUGGACGAUUUUGAGGAGUUCCAAGGCAAAAACAGAGAUGAAGAGCUACUGAAGCGACAUUUUGUCCAACCGGGCCUCGACAACUACGAUAUCAGAGAGAGAGAUGGUUUCAAAGAUGAGGGCGAGGACGAGGACGAGGACGAAGAUGAGCUUCAGGCUUUGACGCAGAGAUUCGCUCAACACAUGCAACCCAGCAAAAAAAACAGAAACCUGAGGGGAAUCACCAGAACCCGACAUCCCUUUGGUUUGCCGUCUAAUAAACAUCCACAAUCAAUGCUAAACCUACGAGGACCCUCUAAGGACCGCAAAUCCUCGAGCGGCCAGCCCCACGAACUCGCAAACAGCAGGUCUGCGUCGAGUUUGAGGGCAGCGGGCCGACUCCAUUCCAAAGGAAUCCAGUAUAAAAAGUCCAUGCCUGUCCUUUCUAGAUACGACGUGAUACGCGAGGAGGAUAAUGAUCGAGAUGACUACGACGACGCAUUUGAAGACGACCUGAAGUUCGAAAAGAGUCUUCUGCAACCUCAGUUUCUCUCGGACGACGAGGACAAAUCGCCACUGAACUUGUCUCCUUCCCAAUACACUGUGACCGCGGAUGAUUCCCUGUUGACCCCUCAGCUGCAAAAGAGGCAUCUCGAAUGGAUCAGGCCUAGUCAACUGGCCAUGUUUAGAGAGCCUCAGCGGCACUCCAAAACGAAGAAACGACUGUCCGCAAACCGAAGACUGAAAACCAUCAAGCAAGAAAUCGACCAUAACACGCCGAUGAAGAAAGGUCGGAUGGUCUACAAUCCAGAGACCCUCACAUGGGAAGGGAACGAGCAGGCACUAUCGAGAUUCCGGGAUGUGGACACUUUUGACAAAAAGGCCAUUGUGAUUAAGGAAAAACCCGAUCUUCCGCCACCACACGAAUCUAAAGCUAGUAAAAGGUCGAACUCCAAGCAGCACGGGAAAGUGGUAGGUCGCAUGAUGUUUGAUCAGGAAAAUCUUCGUUGGAUUAGGAUCGACGGCAAUGAAAAGGAUCCUUUUGGGGAAAUUCCGGACUUCAACCCACGUAUGAAUGGCAAUAACGCUUUCCACAGAGGAGGUGGAGUAGGAGGAGAGCUAUCGUCGAAAAGGUCCCAAAGUCAAUUUGCACCGAGCCGCGAGGGUGGCCGAUUUACAUCUACUGCAACGACAAGAUUUCAUUCUCUGGGCGCAAACCCUUCAUUGCACGACCCGACAUUCAAUGUAGACUCCAAGACACUGGAAAGAUUUUACCACGAGGAAAAUAGGUGGAGCAAGAAAGUCGGGGGUUGGUUUAUACUCCGAGACGCCGAGAUGGACGAAUAUGACGAAAACCAAGGUCUGCCGGAUCCCAAGGGCAACAGCUACAUGUACGAGAUAAGAAACAUGGUAAUAAGUUCAGCACGAAAUUAG